UUCCAUUUCAAACACUGCGAAUGAAGAUCGAAAUACAGACAGUGCUCAACCCCAGCCACAGCAGAAUCACAGAUAAUAGAACAACAGAGCAUCAAAGCAACCGAAAAUCAAGCCCAGCUCAACCAUUCCCGCCCAAGUAUACUACACAACACAACACGACAACCAUCACCACGCGCCUCAGCCACACCCACCCAGCAUACCCCUCAAAAGUCAAAAGAUGGCUAUCCGGUAAUUAUGGAUGGACAAUCGUGACCGUACAGCAAGUGUCACAAAUAAUACACCAUACCCAAACCCAAGUAGGGUCGCCCUGCAGCGCUGCUGCUACACUACACUCCACUGCACCACAGCAGCCGAUCCACCCACCAAACGAGCGAGCAAGGCUGAUCAGAAACAGACGAAUCCACAGGGAGGGAGGGGGUGUCUGCCGAUCGGGCGAUGCAAGGGCCCGUACUGUAUAUCUGAGACAGGGCUAAUGGAUAAUAUACUGGACAUGUUGUGAGAUCGAUCAUCUCUCCCUCCCCUUCCACCUCUUCUCUGUCAUGAGGCUGAGAUUCAGAUGCUAGGUGAGUUGAGGGUGCGUUUGCUGUGUCUUUGGUAUUGGUGUUCCUCUUACUGUGGACACUUAUAGAUGGAUAGAUACCCUAGCGAAACAGCCCCAUUCCGCAGCGAAAGACACGGUGGACCCUGCAGAUAUAAACAAUACAAUAUGGAAUCCUUUUCCAUCCCAAUCAUCAACGACCACAUGGCGGGGAAUGGGGAUACACGACGCGUUGUUGCAGGUGGGGAUCGUCGAUCGCUAGAAAUGGGGACGCUUUUACAAUCCUUUCUAGACACCGUGCGUGGGUGUGCCCACCUGGAUAUAUUGUAAUCGAGUUACUACAGACACUAUAUAUAGCGCCGUCUAACCUGCAAUAACAGACAAAACUAAGCCACA